GGAUGCAAAGGCUUGGUCCAUCAAAAAUUGUUCAGAUUGAUUUCAUGCCAAAAGAACUGGUGACAUACUCUAAAGAGUCACAGACUCCUGUCGCAUCUGAUCAGCCUGAAGAGGAGGAGGAAGAGGAGCUGUCAGUGACCAAAUCUGAAUCUGUGCCACAGCAGCUGGAGGAGGAGAACUCUCAGGAGGCCGAAGAAGAUCAAUCUAGAGAACUGACCAACGAGGAGAAAGAGCAGAUUAUUCAUUCAGAGGAUUUCCAGUUUUUCUUCGACCGAAGCAUCCGUGUAAUGGAGCGUGUGCUGGCCGAGGAUACGGACAUUUUCUUUGACUACAUUGGGCGAGAUAUGGAGGACAAAGAAGGGUCAGCCAAGGCUUAUGUAACAGUCAAACAUACACAGAGUCCCACAUGAUUACAGAAAAGUUAUUCAUUAGAUGGUACUAGACAGGUUUAAUGAGGUGACCCAGAAGCUCAAGAGUUGCACUCAACCUCAAGUGACUCCUGGGGAAACUUACUGUAAAUUGCUUUGGAUGAUUGUAUCAGAAUGCAAAGGUUUGUUUUGUUA